UUGGUCUUCUAUGAGAAGAGAGAAAGACUUAUAAUUAUCAAAAUUAGGUGGCGCGAAAAUAACGCCCUUUCUCUUUAAUCUCUCAUCUCUCUGAUCCUUCAAUCGCCUCCGAUCAAUUUAACCUUUCAUUCUUCUUCCUCAUCGAAUCCGAUCGGGGUUUUGUAUUCACCCAAUUCGAUCUCCGAAGGGCAAAGAAGAUUCCGCGAGGAGAAUAAUCAAUUCACGAGAUUGCUCCUUUUUUUUUUUAAUUUUAAUUUGUGGAAAUCGAUUUCAUCUUUCCUGGCUGUUUAGCUCGAAUGCAGAAAGAACUGAGAGGCGUGGACUACUGAAUCCACUCAAUGCAACUUUGUUUCCUUAGCUUGAAUGGAUGUAGUAAAUGAUUCCACAAGACCACGAAGACGUCUUAUUCCAUCAGAUAAGAACAAUGCACCCGCUGCCACUCGCCGUCCUCAAACAACCGAGGUCAGUUCAAGAUACAGAUCGCCCACACCAACCAGAACCGCCCGAUGCCCUUCACCAAGCGUCACAAGACCAACAGUCUCUUCAACCUUAGCUGCUAAAAGAGCGGUUUCUGCUGACAGGAAGCGUCCUUCAACACCUCCCUCCACGCCUAUACGUGAUGUCUCUAUAGACUUGCCAGCUUCAUCUAGGCGUCUAUCUACAGGAGGUCGUUUGCCUGAAAGCUUAUGGCCUUCCACUAUGAGAAGCCUCAGCGCUUCGUUUCAGUCGGACUCUGUCUCAGUCCCUGUUAGUAAGAAGGAGAGACCUGUUAGAAGCUCUUCCGUUGAUCGAACGCUGAGACCUUCUUCAAACAUAGCUCAAAAGCACAAGGCUGAAACGACGACUGUCUCAAGGAAACCAACGCCAGAGAGGAAGGUAAGUCCAUUGAAAGCGAACAAGAAUGCGUCUGAUCUUUCAGAGAAUUCGAAACCUGUAGACGGAACUCACAGUCGGUUAAUAGAGCAGCAUCGAUGGCCUAGUAGAAUUGGUGGAAAGAUCGGUUUGAACAGAAGCUUGGAUCUUGGCGACAAGACUAGAAGGGGUUCAUCAACUUCAGGGUCUCGAAUGGGACCGUCUCUUAGGAGAAUGUCACUACCUUUGUCCAACAGUUCGAAACCGUUGCGUAAAACUUCUAGUACCGCAUCUAGUCUAGGUGGAUUACUGUCUCCAACGAAGUCGGAAGAUAAUAACGUAGUUCGAACUUCUGGGGCGCAGAGACUUUUGUCUGCAAGUUCUAUGGAUAGAGCAACCUUAGCAACGGCUGUAGCUAGGCUGCAUCCAUUCUCUGCUCCUGGAUCUCGCCCUGCUUCACCAAGUAGAACAUCGUUUUCAUCUAGAGGCAUGAGUACUUCGAGAGGAGUGAGUCCUGCAAGAGGACUAAGCCCUGCAAGAGGACUGAGUCCUGCAAGAGGGUUGAGUCCUUCACGUGUUACAAGUACCUCCUCUUUUGCUAGACCAUCAACUCCACCUUCAAGAGGGGUUAGUCCUUCCAGGGUAAGACAAGCACAAUCCACUACCACAACGUCUGUUCUCAGCUUCAUCACAGAUGUCAAGAAAGGCAAGAAAGCAAGCUACAUCGAAGACGUUCAUCAGCUACGCCUUCUCCACAAUAGAUAUUUACAGUGGCGGUUCGCAAUUGCGCAAGCUGAAGCUGUAAUGUACAUUCAAAGAUUAACGUCCGAGGAAACUCUAUUUAAUGUGUGGCAAGCGAUAUCAGAGCUACAGGAUGAUGUGACCAGCCAAAGGAUUGGUCUGCAACAGCUAAAGCUAGAGAUCAAACUCAACUCGCUACUAAACGAUCAAAUGGUUAGUCUUGAAGAAUGGGCCAUACUUGAAAGAGACCAUGUUAGCUCUUUAGUUGGGGCUAUAGCAGAUUUAGAAGCUAAUACACUCCGCCUUCCAGUGACUGGAGGAACAAAGAACUUUUCUUCCAUACAGGCGGACGUUGAGUCUUUGAAAGCAGCCAUGUCCUCGGCUCUUGAUGUAAUGCAGUCUAUGGGAUCGUCCAUUUGGUCUUUACUCUCAAAGGUGGAGGAGAUGAAUACAAUGGUGUCAGAACUCGCUGUUGUAGUUACAAAAGAGAGCUCUAUGCAAGGGAAAUGCGAAGAUCUUCUGGCCUCAACUGCGAUCAUGCAGAUAAAAGAGUGUAGCCUCAGGACUCAUCUGAUACAAACUAGGAGAGAAGAAGGAGAAGAAGAUGCAGAGGAGGAGACUCCUUCAUUGUUGCCACUAAGCAAGUUUCCAUGGCCGUAAAUAACACGCUUACAGUUCCACAUGCUCACCACUGAUGACUGGAUCACCUGUAAAUUGCUCUUCGAUGCUCCCACAUUUCUCUGGUCUUGUGAGACGUCUUUUUUUUUUGGUAUGAAACGUUAGCAUAGGAACACAGGAAGUGAAAGAUCUCUAGUUCGAAAGUCUUAGGUAAAGAAGGAAAAAGCAAUUUAUUUGUUCACAUGAUGUGGGUUUUUACUUUUUAGGCGUUUACUAUAUGUAGAAUCAAUUUUUAAUAUUAAUUUAUUUUUAUUACAAAUUA